AUGAAAAGAAUAACUGUUGUUUCUAUACAUGAAGAAGAUGCGGCUUAUAAUCAAGAAUCUUCCGAUUGGAGACACAUAGCCUUUUUGCCAUUCCAAGGCGGAUGGGAAUUGUGUUUGAUGAUAUCAAUAAUCGUGAAUUCACUCCUAUCAAUUUACGAUUUGUAUUUUGGGGUACAUGACAACUUUACGAUUAAUUUAAUUUAUUAUUUUUGCGAGAUUAUGUAUCUCGUUGAUAACGCCUUAGCCAUAAUGCAUAGAAACAUGGUAAAAACGCGAAGGAAAAGGAGUUACCCCCCAAGAAAUUUAGGAAUAAUCCUAAUCGAUUUCCUCACCUUACAUCCUUUGUAUGAAAUCCAAUACUUUUUAUUAUUAACAAAUUAUCAAACGUCAACUUCUCUCGAUAAAAACUUUUACAAGUGGAAAUGUGUCGUGAGAACAUAUCGCAUCUUCCUGUACGAGACCAAACGGAUGAACGAAGUGGGAUUGAACCAAAUGACCAUACUUUGUUUGCAACGGCUCGCGAAACUCAUCAUCGUAGGUCAGAUUUUCGCAGCCAUCAUAUUCAAACUUGGGCAAAUGCAUAAAACGAAUUGGACAAAACAUUUAGAUGAAUCCGAAUUUAAUUCCAACUCAUCGUUACGUUGGUGGGGAACAUCCUUUUUUAUGAUGACAGAAGUUGUUAUUAACAAUUUUUCAGCAUUUUUAAAACUAGAAAACGUUUUCGAACUAUUAACAUUUACUUCAGCGAUGCUAUUUGGGUUCAUAAUCGGUUUUGUGUUAUUUAUGGGCCGUUUGGUGGUGAUUUUUAUGCGAAUCGAUCGCAAUUAUUUCGGAUACGCGUUCCACGUAACCAAAAUAAUGUCUCUCUUGGACGAAUGGGAAGCCGAUGUCGAUUUAAAAAACAAAACUUUCGAAUAUUACACGACUUUUUACAAACAACGACAUGGUAUGCGAGAUAUGCCCGGUUUAUUCAAAAUGUUGCCCCCGUCUUUACAAAAAGAGGUAACCGUCGAUAUUUAUUGGGAGGCGUUAAGGCACACGCAUCUAUUUAAUCAAACGGAUAUGUCGUUUAAGCGAUCGGUUAGUUUGGUGAUGAAAAGCGAAUUUUUGUUGCCGGCUGAGUUUUUAUUUCGCGUCGGGGAAUUAAAAGCGAAAUUGAUUUAUGUCGUUUCCGGUGUUAUUCAAGCUUUAUCCAAAGAAGAUGAUGAUUCGCCGUUGAUUUCGUUUUCUUCGGGGACGGUUUUGGGGGAAAUCGCUUGUUUGGUUCCUUGUCAAAGUGUAUCAAAUUUACGGGCUGUUACUUAUUGCGAAAUACAAGUUUUAUAUUUAACUGAUCUUUAUAAAGUAUUACUAAAUUACCCAUUAGUAACAAAAAGCAUCCAAGAAUCAUUCAAAGAACGACUUUUAGUUGCCAUAAAAGGAAUACAAACGAAAAAAACGCACCGAAACAUCGAUUACACCGAUAACUCAAUUCGAAACGUAAAGAGGCGUUGGUAUGAAAUUUGGGCGUACUCAAAAAAGCCGGAAUCGCUCCCCUCUCAAUCAUCGGACGACAUCGAUGAAUUCUCAAAAUGCGUUACGGCGAAUCUAAAUUUAUUGGUGUUGAGCCACGACCUCGAAUUAAGAGUGGAAUCGAUUUGUUUAUCGUCGAAAUGCCCGUUUAUCAUGGAACCGGACACGGAGUUUCGAAAAUGUUUGGAUUACGUCGUAAUUUUUGCCAUUAUGGUUCACGCGGUUAUAAUUCCAAAAGUGGCGUGUUUUGAGGAUUCGAUGAAAUUCAACGAGCUUUCGAUUUGUUUAUUGAUGGACGUGAUUUAUUUAUUUGAUCUUUACUUGCAAGCUUCGACGGCGGUUCGAUACAAAAACCGUUUAAUUGCGAAUUAUAAGGAGUUAAUUAUACAACAAUUAAAGAAUAUCUACUUUAUUAUCGAUUGCGUGGCGAUUUUCCCGAUUGAUUAUAUCGCUUGGGGGAUGGACAUCAAAAUCAAUUUGGGGUUAUGCAAAUUAAAUCGAUUAUUAAAGAUCUAUAAAAUUUUUACGAUGUUGAAGUCUCUUCAAUACAACAUUAAAUUUAACACGAUCGUUAUCCGAGGAGUUAAAUGGUUCAUUUUUUAUUUGGUGACUAUUUAUUGGUUCACCGCUUUGAUAUAUUUCGUUGCAAAAGUCAAUAAUGACUUAGCGAGCGAUGAGGAUUUUUGGGCUUACUUACUUUUGAUCGUGAAUUAUUACGUGGGUUACGGAGCUAGCUCAACGGAGUCUUCAACCGUAAUGGAGGCGACUUUAUGCCUUUUAUUAACAAUAACCGGACACUUAGUUUAUUGCGUCGGGAUAUCCGAGCAAACUGGGACUUCGGUUUUAAAGUAUAAAAGCAAACAAAUGGAUACGAUUCAAUGGUGGGCGAUGAAAAAUGAAUUAACCCGGCAACGAUUAGACCCUGGGAUCACAAAGCGCUUAGUUCGCUUUUUAUAUUUUAAUCACUCAGUGAGAGGGUGCCAAAUUGUGGGGGAAAAUAGCAUUUUUAAAGACGCCCCGGUUGAGUUGCGCAACGAAAUCGUCCGACACCGCAUUGCUGAUUGCUUAAAACAAGUUCCUUUAUUUCACAACACCAAAAAGGACACGUUAAGAUAUAUUUGCGCGCACGCCCAAAUUAAAAUAAUCCCCCCGGGGGCCACUUUAAUGGACGUCGAUGUUAAAUCAGACAUUUUUUAUGUCAUAAUGAGAGGAUUUUGCCGAUUACGAUCGUUUCUCCCUGGAGAUUCGGAACGUGGGGCUACAAGCAUCCUACAAAUCGGAGAUACAUUCCCAUUUUUAGAAACUCUCCACGAUACAUUCUCUUUCGUUAAGGUUGAAUGUUUAACGGUGGUGGAAUUAUUAUUAAUUAAGACCCACAUAGUUAUCAGCGCUAUGCAAACGUCUCAAACUGAUUUUUCUUUUUUCAAGCACGCCCUAGAAGAGCAUCGGCGAAUUUAUGGAACGAUUAUGAAGCGAACCGGGGCGAGGUUACCCCCGAUGAUUUCCAAGAUAAAAUCAAAAGGAAAGGGAAACAUUUUUGAAUACAAAAUCCACGAUAGCGACGAUAUUGAGUUGACUAAAUUUGUGUUUAAACAAGCUUUCGCCAAUUUGGGGAUGUGGUCCUUCAUAAGAUUUUUCGUUUUAAAACGAACGAUUAACCCAACGAAUUGGCCGUACAUAACGUGGGAAGUAUUCCGAUGCACUCUCUUAAUAAUCUAUAUCCUUUCGAUAAACAUUAGAUACAGCGUUUUAAACGUUUAUUACAACGAAACUUUGGUGACAUCAGUUUAUUUAAUUUUCGAUUUAGUCGCAUUAAUCGACCUUUAUAUUCGGUUACAUUGCCAAUAUUACAAUGAAAAAGGGAUUUUAGUGACUCAUCCUUUAUACACGGCUAAGAAUUAUUUAAAAACCGCCUUUAUGAUGGAUUCAAUGGGGUGCUUUCACGUCCACGCCACCGGUUUAGACCGAUUAUUCGGACAACAAUAUAUUUUAUGGAUACAAAUUUUAGUUUUGACAGCUACAAGAUGUUGCCAACUUUAUCGGCCAUUCAAAGGAUUGAGCUUUUUGGAUAAUCGGCUCCAAGGAAAGAAAAGGAACGCAAUUAAUAUGUUUCGAUAUGGUUUAUUAGUUAUUAUUUGUAUAUCGUUAGUGUGUAGUUUAACGAUGUUGGUGAUGUGCGAACAUGAGGGUUAUCGGUUAGUUUGUAACGUUGAGAAAGGCCACGAUUUUACGAAGGGGUUGUAUCAGUAUGUUUAUUAUAUGUAUACAGUUACGAUUAGUGUAACAGGAAGCAGUACGGGGGCUAUUUUGGAAAAUGAAAGACAUGCUAUUUUAACCGUGGUUAUGUUGGUACCAUUAACUGCUUUGAGGUGGUUAUUUUUUGUGUCGUUAACAAGCCGAGGGGUUGGCGGCAAUGUUGAAUUAACAAUUUACCGCGACCGUAUGAAGAACUACAUGACAUUUUUAAAAGACGCUCUCAUCAGCGACGAAGAUAAACAAUUAAUUGUGCUUCAUUACGAAAAUAUUUGGAAGAAAACGCAUGGAUUGAACAUUCACGAAGUAAUCAAGAAUUUCCACCCGCAAUUAGAGCAAGAUUUGGCGCGCGCGAUUUAUCAGAAUUGCUUAAAAAGGGUUCAAAUUUUUUCUGGGGGACAUUUUAGUUUAUUUCAAGCCGUUUCUUACCGACUUCGCCAAGAAUUCUUUACGAAAGACUCCAAAAUAAUUCGUUGCAACGAUGUGAACUCGAAAUUAUUUUUCGUUCAAGAUGGAAAAGUUGAUAUUUACACGGCGGGUACGUUAAUGUGCAGCUUAAGAACGGGAGGAGUUUUUGGUUGUUUAUCGAAAACGGGGGUUACGAGACAAACGAUUGAUGCAGUUGCAAACAUUCACUCUAUGGUUUUAACGAUUGAUGGGAAAUUAUUUUACAAAACGAUUGAGGCUUUUGAUAAAAUUUUAGAGCGAUUUCAACGCUCGACCAUGGUUAACAUGGAGUAUAUGCAAGAAUUAUCCGACUCGCAAUUCCACCAGAUCGACGAAUUUAGUACAAAAUUGCACGAUUUUUACAAAAAAAUUUUAAUCUUCGAGAACAACAACGUUUAUUUAUUUUUUAAUUACUUAAUUAACGUCCAUAUUUAUCCGUUAUCUUCGAUUAUGAUUUUAACGUUAACUUUCGUGCAUUUAAACGAAAUUCAACCUCAAUACAUCACAUAUGUUGUUUAUUUAACGGAUGUUAUUCACUUCAUUAAGAUGAGCGUUAAGUUCCAUUUGAUUUACGUCGACCCCGAAAGCGGGAUGGUUAUUAGUGACCCCUACGCUAUAAGACGGAGGUAUUUAAAAAGCGGAUUUUGGUUCGACUUUUUUAUCUUGUUACCGUUUGAGUUAUUCACGAGGUGUUAUACCUCGAAUAACGCAGUUUACAAUUUAGCUUGUUUGAAUCGAACGUUCCGAUUUUUGCAUUUAGUGCUUUAUUAUUAUCAGUGUGAGGAGAGGUUGUUAAUGAAGGAUCAUUUGAAAUGGACGUAUAUAUUUUAUAGUGUUAUGUUUCAACUCCAUCUUUUUUUGUGUCUUUGGUUAAUUAUUGCGUGUCCGAAUACUCGAUGUUGGUACCGAUACAAAGUAGGAUCCGAAAUAACGUUCAUCUCAUCCAACCAAACUUUAGAAUCUACGAUUAUGGCUUAUAUGUAUGUGGUGAACAUUUAUACAAGUACAAGCUUGAAAGGGAUCAUGCCUUUGGAGAUUCCGGAAGUUACGAUGACCGUAUUUAUGAUGAUUGGGACCCAAGUUUUGGUGAUGAACCUUGUCUCAAACUACGUUAGCCACCUUUUGGUUAAUAAGCACAACUUUAUUAAUUAUGAGGUGAAGUUCCAAAGCCUUGGGACUUAUUUGCAGAAAUUGGAGUUGUCUCAAUUUCUUUAUGCGAAAGUAAAGAGGUAUUGUUUGAGGUUAUGGAAUCGAGAGCGAGGGAGUUGGUUGCCGGUUCUAAUUACAGAAUCACCCCCUUGUUUAAAAGAAAACGUCCUCCAAAUCCUUUAUGGGCGCCACUUAAACAAUCACGUCUUGUUUAACCGAACUCACGUCGAUUUUUUGCGCCAAUUGGUGGUUUAUUUGGACCGAUUUGUCUUUUCAACCGGUGAUUGCAUUGUUGAAAAGGGCGACGCUGAUUGUUGCAUGUAUUUUAUUAACUCGGGCGAGAUUAUUCAAUUAGAUAUUUAUGGGAAAGUCGAAUAUUACAUUGGGACUUUAACCGCCGGGACUAGUUUUGGGGAAGCCCAAGGGUUACAAUGCAUCCCACAUAGAUUUUCUUAUCGAUCCAAAGCCGACACUGAAGUCUUAAUUUUAAAUAAAAGCAAAUGGAGCCACCUUUUAAAAUGGUUUCCAGCUUCUCGGGAGCAAAUUUUAAAUAAAGGCAAACAAGUGGGGUUAUUAGACGAAGAUGCAAUUAUUUAAUAAAUUUACAAUAAUGUUUUUUA